AUGAAAAUAAAUCAAGAUCCAGCUGCCACCCAUUUGCUUAAAAUAGAAAAGCAGCCAGGACAGGAGGAAAGGUAUAAUGGGUUUGAAAAAGAUAAGGGUUUUGGUCAGUUUGGUGGGGGAUGUGAGAGUAUAUUUUUUGCAGACGGGGAGCAUGAGAUUGCAGAGAAGCAUAUUGAAUCUCAACAACUAAUUGAUUACGUCUACUUGGACAUGAAAGAUGUUGGCAGGCAAAGCAAAGGCCGUCAGAGCCAGAGAGGAGAAGAUAGCACGAACAAGACGGAAAUAUUCUAUCCCUCUUCUCCGACUGACGUAACCAACAGUGGUGGCAUAAUAACCAAACGCGCUCUCAAAAACAACUGGUACUGCAGGUAA